AAAAGAAGACUCGAAAAACGUAGGUGACGUUCGGGGAAAGAAAAAAAACAGGAAAUUCUGUGAAAACGAAAAGUCUGAAGUUUUUACCUCCAAGAUGGCUUGCUUUGAAAACAAUAAGAGGAGUGUGGAGGAAGACAGUUUUGAAGGAGCUGUUGAAGAGCUGUCUAGUUGUGCUUUGGCAAUGCGGGAAAAGGAGAGAGAAUCCAUUCUCAGCCCACCAGAGAGCCCCGGCACCUUUAUCAUGAGCACAUCCAGUAGUCUUCAGGCUGCUGCCCCCCUCCAGGGCUAUGAUGUGGAGUUUGACCCACCCCUGGAGAGUAAAUAUGAGUGCCCUAUCUGUCUCAUGGCUUUGAGGAAUGCCGUUCAAACACCCUGCGGUCAUCGUUUUUGCAAGAGCUGCAUUGAGCAAUCUAUUCGAGAUGCAGGACAAAGAUGUCCUGUGGACAACGAGAUGCUUUCAGAAGAUCAGCUGUUUCCUGAUAACUUUGCCAAACGGGAAAUUCUGUCGUUAACUGUUUGCUGCCCAAACUCUGGUUGCCUUGAAAAAAUGGAGCUACGACAUUUAGAGAAUCAUCUGGCUCAGUGUCAGUUUGCCACUGCACCUUGCCCACAGUGCCAGCAGUCUGUGAGGAAGAGCCACCUAGAGGAGCACACGACUCUUGAGUGCCUUAAGAGGCCUGUGUCAUGUCCAGAUUGUGUAGCACGUUUUGUUUAUGAGGAUAGAGAGCUUCAUGAGCAGCAGUGUCCUUUUGCUAAUGUGAAGUGCCAGUACUGUGAGAUGGAUCUCAUCAGAGACCAGAUGGAAUCUCAUUGUGAUACAGAUUGCCCAAAAGCACCCAUAGCCUGUAACUUUAGCACCUUUGGAUGUAAGGAAAUGAUGCAGCGCCAUGACCUGGCUCAGCACAUGCAGGAGUUCACACAGAUGCAUAUGUGGUACAUGGCAGAGUUCCUGCGUGGCCUUAGUCUAAAUGGCACCACACCCAAAUCCCUAAGGGCUCAUGGACCCUCUGUUAUCUCUGAGGAUCAAGGGGCUGCAGCAUCAGUAUUACCCUCUAGUGGGCCCAGAGUAGCUGCAGGCUGCAGCAAUAGCAGCAGCAGCAGCUGUGCUCCAUCUCAGCCUAGUGAAGAGAUUCAGCAACUCAGAGAGAUGGAUGGACGAUUGGUUAAGCAGGACCACCAGAUUCGAGAGCUCAUAAUCUUAAAGGAAACGCAGGCAGGCCAGCUUGCAGAAGUCAGGCGUAGGGUGUUGAUGCUGGAGGAAACCGUGAAGGAGCUGGAGGCCCAGCAGUGUCGGGGUAUCUUCAUCUGGCGCCUCAAAGGUUUCUCUGCCCUCCUGAAGAAACAAGAAGCAGGACUGCCGGUGGUGGAGCACAGCCCCGGCUUCUACACAGGCUCUCCAGGUUACAAGCUUUGCUUGCGUUUACACCUGCAGGCCCCCAAUGCCCUGCGUUGUUCCAACUUCAUCUCCCUCUUCGUCCACACCAUGCAAGGGUCUUUUGAUGGGCAACUGACGUGGCCUUUUCAAGGCGUCAUCAGGCUUGCCAUUCUAGACCAGGGUCCAGAGGGUCAGCAUCACAUGGAGGUGAUGGAAACAAAACCAGAUCUGCAAGCCUUUCAGAAGCCCACCAACCAGCGCAACCCCAAAGGAUUUGGCUAUGUUACCUUUUUGCACCUGCAUCAGCUGAAUCAGAGGGCCUUUGUCAAAGAUGACACCCUUCUUAUCCGCUGUGAUGCGACACCACGUUUUGACAAUAUGCUUCAACGUGAGGGACCAUCUGUGCAGCCAAGAGGACCAGAGGCAUCAGUUUCAAGAGACUGAAGUCAAACACAUACCUACUGGAUCAUCAUUACACUGAAAUGUGUGUACUUGGGGGUUACAAUACAUAUCCCAGUGUUCCAAUACUGCUCAGUGCAUUUUAUUUGUGGAUAAAAGGAUGAGAAGAGUUUAUGUUGUCAAUCAUUUAACAUUUGUAAACAGCAUAUAUGCUAGUAUUUAUUUGAAGUUUAUUUUAAUUGAUAAAACCAGUAUAUACUCUCAAUUAAUUUUACAGUCUGUAUGUCAUCACCCACAUAAUAUAAAUUGUGGAAGCAGUUUAUGUUUAAUCAGCUCAAGAUGACAAGUCUAUGCAGAUUACAGACUUCCCUCUCUCAUUGUGGUUAUCAGAAACAUUACUAAAUUGUAUGUAUUCUGUGGACUUUUUGACUUUGAGUGGCACCAUGGAGCACAAGCAGAUCCCCUCUGCUAUUGCAUACAAGGAUGUACUGCAUGUUGGUAUGAGGAAAACUAAGCUCUGAGAUACAGUUGGAACUGUAAGAAACAUAAUUUGCAUAUGUCCAAAAACAAUCUUUUACUUAAUUAUACUGAAAAAAAAAUUAAGAAUUUAAGAAAAAGUGCCACCCUACACCCUAAAACUGAUAUCAAAGUAAUAGACAUUUUAGUCUAGAACAGCUCUGACAGCCUCUCAUUUCAUUUCAAAAACAUGGAAUGUAUCCAUCAAAUGAACAAUUUUCAAAUCCAGCGUCACUAGUUUCGCUCCGAAAUAAUAUGCCUGCUUUUGCAUUGUAUUUAUAUGACACCAUGCAGUGAUUUGAGCCACUGCAGUGUCUUGCACUGUCUUAUCAUAGACCAUGCAGAUAGGCUUAAUGAAUUGAAUAUCCCACACACAUACUUUUGAAUCAUGUACACAUCUGAAAGAUAUACACACAUAAACACUGAUUUUAAUCACACACACACAUUAUUGAAUAUCUCACACAUUUAAAUCACAGGCACAGCCAAACAAAGAAAAUAAGCAUUUGUAAUAAUAGUCAGUAUUGCAAAAACAUAUGCAGCAUCUGACAGCAGCUUGAUUCACACCAAGAAACAGUUACAGGAAACACAUUUUUCCUAAUGAUAUCUUCAUGGUACGGGGGAAUAUACAAAAAAACAAAACAAAUGUUAAUUUAUAAUUAGCUGUCAGUUUGCUACCAGCAACUAUUAUUACUUUUACUCAUCAAUAUAAGGGAACUUUUUGUUUGCUCCAUAUCCUGGGUGACCUGUUCCAUCUUCUCCCCUUUCCUGUUUAACAUCUUUCUCUGGUUGACUUUGACAUGCAUCAUUGGAGAUGCUUGCCUUGGAGCCUGUUAGAGAAACUGAAAUUUAAUGUUACCAUGUCACUAGUAAAUUCAUAGUAAUGGCAGUGCAAUGGUGUAUUUUGGUAUUUUUGUCUCAAAUGUUGUGAUUUUUUUUUUUACUCACUUGGAACAUUUGGAGCCUCUUUCCCACAUUUGAGCGUGCUCUGAGCAAAGCAUUCUGCCAUCCAGGACAAUACCUCUCCACAAUAUCUAAUCUAGAGACAGGUCAGCCAGAAAUGACUGAAGGUCAUAUACAUUGAACCAUGCAUAAUGAGAUUUUCAUGUGAAACGAGCUCAGGAAAAUGCCACCACGUUAUCUAUCAAAAAGUACUAGUCACUUUUAUAUAGAUGGAACAACUGUGAUGUUUUCUCUCAUAUAUAUAUAAGAAAUAGAAAAAUAUGAUCCCUGUGUGUGCGUGGGUUUUUUCCUACAGUCAAAUUUGGGGAUUAGGGAAACUGGACACUCUAAAUUGACUGUAGGUGUGAGUGUGAGAGUGGAUGAUCAUUUGUGAUGGACUGGUGUGAGUGAGUCAGAAAAACAUGAGAUAAACACAAAAUAUACACAUGUAAUAUAGUAAUAUAAAUAUGUUAGAGAAGAUAUAGAAAGCUAUACAAGAAGGUAGAAAAUAUUAUAAUACAGUGUCGAGUGUGAAGUAAAAAAAAAAAACAUCUAAUCAGAUAAACAAACCAAAUAAACAACAAUGAAUAAUUAGUGCAAAUUAGCAGUUCUGUGUGAAGUUAUACAUUAAAAUGAUAUAUAUUUAUAUUUACCUGAGCCUCCAUGGAUGCCAGUCUUUUCUCUUGGUCCUUAACCCCACCUACAAUCCUUAGCAGACUCUGAACCCUUGGUCACAAACAUAAUCUUAUUUAGUUUGGCAAUAACCCCUUUUUACCACUAGAUGGCAAAUGAGCUCUAACACAAGCUUUGUUUUGGUGUAUGGCAAGUUUGUAUAGUACAUGAUCAGAAAGUGUUAAAUAAAAAUGUUUUAUCUUAUCAUAA